AUGAAGCUCUUAUUGACGGGUCCCGCUCUGGUGGCGCCACCUACCGGCCAAGUACCAAAAUAUUAUUAUUUCGAUGAUUGUCGACUUAAACAAUUUAAUUGUGAAAGUGUAACUGUAUUUGAUGAUAUUUUAGAAGGAUUAAUCACCAAAUUAGAAUCGUUCACUUUCCCAUGUGCAGAACAUAAAGAUUACAUCAUUUCUUAUUCAAUAAAAUACUACAUAAGUAUGCGAAUGCGACAGUACACGAGACAGUCAAAUCAAGAACAAUCUAAAGAAAACUCAAAAAAAAAAAAGCCAUCUAAAUUUUGUAAAACAUAA